UAAAAUGUUAAUAUCCACAUCUUCAAAUUUCAAUCUACUUUUUUGUUGCAGGAUGAACAGUUCCUAGGUUUUGGUUCAGAUGAAGAAGUCAAAGUACAAAGUCCCACCAGGUCCCCCACAGUUAAAUCUAGUCCACGAAAACCUCGUGGGAGGCCCCGGAGCAGUUCUGACCGAAGUUCAGCUGUACUAUCAGACUCUUCAUCAGUGUGCUCCCCUUCAAGCAAGUCUGAAACCACACCCAUGGAGAAAGUAAAGAAGAAGGAAUUGAAAAGUGGGGAAAAAAGAAGAGGAAGACCUCCAACACUUACUAGCGUGAAGUUCAAAUUGUCACAAGUAAAAGGCACAUCAGAUAUUCAGAAGGGAAGCAAAGAAGAAAAAGAGAGUCUGAAAAAAAUCAAAAGGUCACCAUCCACUACAUUUCAGCAAGCAACUAAAAUUAAGAAAUUAAGAACUAGUAAACUCUCUCCACUAAAAUCUAAAUUUAAGCCUGGGGCAAAACUUCAGAUUGGGAGGAAAAGUGUUCAGAUUGUGCGCAGGAGAGGGAGGCCACCAUCUUCUGAACGUUUAAAGACUUCCUCAACCUUAGUCAUAAAUUCGCAGCUGGAGAAACCCCAAAGGAUACGUAAAGAAAAGGAUGGCACACCACCUCUUACAAAAGAAGAAAAGACUGCUGUCAGACAGAGUCCACGCAGGAUUAAACCUGUUAGGAUUAUACCUUCUACAAAAAGAACAGAUGCAACAAUUGCUAAGCAACUCUUGCAGAGGGCUAAGAAGGGGGCGCAAAAAAAGAUUGAGAAAGAAGCAGCCAAACUGCAGGGCAGAAAGGGGAGAACCCAGCUUAAAAAUAUCCGACAGUUCAUUAUGCCAGUCGUAAGCGCUAUCUCUUCACGGAUUAUUAAAACACCCAAACGGUUCAUUGAAGAUGAAGACUAUGACCCUCCUAUUAAAAUAUCUAGACUAGAAUCCACACCAAACAGCAGGUUCAGCGCUACUUCUUGCGGAUCUAGUGAAAAAUCCAGUGCUGCUUCUCAGCAUUCAUCUCAGAUGUCUUCAGAUUCCUCACGGUCCAGCAGUCCUAGCGUUGAUACAUCUACAGACUCUCAGGCUUCUGAGGAGAUGCAGACGCUUUCUGAGGAACGAAGUAAUACUCCAGAAGUUCACACACCUCUGCCUGUUUCUCAGUCCCCUGAGAAUGAUAACAGUGAUAGGAGAAACAGGAGGUUUUCGAUAACAGAAAGAAGUUUUGGCCAGAGGACUGCUAAAAAACUACCAGCCUUGCCAAGUGUGCCACAGCAGCAGUCGUCGUCCUCUCCUCCUCCCCCUCUGCUCACUCCUCCCCCGCCACUACAACCCGCUUCCAGCAUCUCAGACCGUACUCCUUGGCUCAUGCCUCCUACCAUACCAUUAGCCUCACCCUUUCUUCCUACUUCUGCUGCACCAAUGCAAGAGAAACGGAAAUCAAUUCUGCGAGAGCCAACGUUUAGGUGGACUUCCCUAAAGCAUUCCAGGUCAGAACCACAGUACUUCUCAUCAGCAAAAUAUGCCAAAGAGGGUCUUAUUCGCAAACCAAUAUUUGAUAACUUCAGACCCCCACCACUAACACCAGAGGAUGUUGGCUUUGCAUCUGGCUUCUCAACACCAGGUGCUACAGCUCCAGCACGACUGUUUUCUCUUCAUUCUGGAACAAGAUUUGAUAUGCACAAGAGAAGUCCUCUGCUGAGAGCUCCAAGAUUCACUCCAAGUGAGGCCCACUCCAGAAUCUUUGAAUCUGUAACUUUGCCCUCAUCGGUUGGUCGAACCACUACAGGAACUUCUGCAACAGGUGUCUCUUCUAGGAAACGAAAGAGAAAAGUGUUUAGCCCUAUCCGCUCAGAACCCAGAUCUCCUUCACACUCCAUGAGGACAAGAAGUGGGAGACUUAGUACUUCUGACCUGACAACUCUCACCCCACAGUCUUCUGUAUCUUCCUCAUUAACUAGCAUUUCUGUUAGUUCUCUUGCCACUAGUGCCUUAAAUUCAACUUUUACUUUUCCUUCCCAUUCCCUAACGCAGUCUGGGGAAUCAGCAGAAAGAAGCCAGAGACAAAGGAAGCAGACUAGUGCUCCAGCAGAGCCUUUCUCAUCUAGUAGUCCUACUCCUCUCUUUCCUUGGUUCACUCCAAGUCCCCAGACAGAGAGAGGCAGAAACAAAGACAGGGCAACAGAGGAACUGUCCAAAGAUAAAGACGCUGAUAAAAGUGUGGAGAAGGACAAGAGCAGAGAGAAAGACAGAGAGAGAGAGAAGGAGAACAAACGGGAGUCAAGGAAAGAGAAAAGGAGAAAAGGGUCAGAAAUUCAGAGUAGCUCUGCUUUGUUUCCUGUAGGUAAAAUGCCCAAAGAAAAAGUUGUCAGUGAAGAUGUUGCAGCAUCAUCUUCUGCAAAAAAAACUGCCGGGCGGAGGAAGUCUACAGCAAUAGAUCCCGUGGCAGAUGUUUCCACUGCUGCUCUGGUAGAUACAACAGCCAUCAAAGCCAAAACAUCCAAGAAAGGUAGAGGGGGGUUAGACAAAUCAGAUCUGGACCUCAGCCCCACUGUGCCAUCUUUGGAGAAAGAAAAAGCUCUGCGUCUCUCUACUCCUUCAUCAAGCACUGUUAAACAUUCCACUUCCUCCAUCAGCUCUAUGUUGGCUCAAGCAGACAAACUGCCGAUGACUGACAAAAGGGUAGCCAGUCUUCUGAAAAAAGCAAAAGCCCAGCUGUACAAGAUUGAGAAGAGCAAGUCCCUCAAACAAGCAGAUCAGCCAAAAGCACAGGGACAAGAGAGUGAUUCAUCAGAAACGUCAGUCCGAGGACCGCGAAUAAAACAUGUUUGCAGGAGAGCAGCUGUUGCACUGGGUCGUAAGCGAGCCGUGUUUCCUGACGACAUGCCCACUCUGAGUGCCUUACCAUGGGAAGAGCGAGAGAAGAUACUGUCUUCCAUGGGGAAUGAUGAUAAGUCAUCAAUAGCUGGCUCAGAAGAGGCAGAACCUCUUGCUCCACCUAUCAAACCAAUUAAGCCGGUAACCAGAAACAAGACACAGCAAGAACCACCAGUGAAGAAGGGUCGACGGUCAAGGCGCUGUGGGCAGUGUUCAGGCUGCCAGGUUCCAGAGGACUGUGGUGUCUGUACUAACUGUCUGGACAAACCCAAGUUUGGUGGGCGUAAUAUAAAGAAGCAGUGCUGCAAAAUGAGGAAAUGUCAGAAUCUACAGUGGAUGCCUUCUAAAGCAUAUCUCCAGAAGCAAGCUAAAGCUGCAAAAAAGAAAGAGAAGAAAUCCAAGACAAAUGAAAAGAAAGAAAGCCAUUCUGGAAAGAACCAGUUGGACUCUGGACAGAAACAAACUCCUCCAACUAUUUUAUCAAGAGAAGACAGUGCCAUAAAGAAGGGCAGUGAACCUGCUCGUAAGUCAGUUGAGGAGAAACAUGAGGAUGGGAAUUCCUCUACUCCUUUGUUGGAGCCCAAACAGGUCCCUGCACCUGGUGCCAGAAAGACUGGCAAACAAACAUCUCAGCCAGUACAGCUCCCUCCUCAGCCACCAAGCUCAGGACCUUUGAAAAAAGAAGCUCCUAAACUUACCGCUACUGAGCCUAAGAAAAAGCAGACUCCACAACCAGAAAUAGGCACAGAACAAAACAAACAGAAAAAAAUUGCUCCCCGUCCAACUUUCCCUGUGAAACAGAAACCAAAAGAAAAGGAAAAGCCCCCUCCUAUAAGCAAGCCAGAAAGCAGCACGCUGAAUUUGCUCAGUACUCUGACUAAUGGGAGCAGUUCCAAGCAAAAGCCACCUACAGAUGGAGUCCACAGAAUCCGAGUGGAUUUCAAGGAGGACUGUGAAGUGGAGAAUGUUUGGGAGAUGGGUGGGUUAGGCAUCGUGACCUCGGUUCCUAUUACUCCCAGGGUGGUGUGUUUUCUCUGUGCCAGCAGUGGACAUGUGGAGUUUGUGUAUUGUCAGGUCUGUUGUGAGCCUUUCCACAAGUUCUGCUUAGAGGAGAGCGAGCGGCCCCUGGAGGACCAGCUGGAAAACUGGUGCUGUCGUCGCUGCAAGUUCUGCCACGUGUGUGGGAGACAGCACCAGGCCACCAAGCAGCUGCUGGAGUGCAAUAAGUGCCGAAACAGCUAUCACCCUGAGUGCCUGGGCCCAAACUACCCAACAAAACCCACCAAGAAAAAGAAAGUUUGGAUAUGUACCAAAUGUGUUCGCUGCAAGAGCUGUGGAUCAACAACACCAGGGAAGGGGUGGGAUGCGCAGUGGUCUCACGACUUUUCACUGUGUCAUGAUUGUGCCAAACUCUUUGCGAAAGGAAACUUUUGUCCUCUCUGUGACAAAUGCUAUGAUGAUGAUGACUAUGAGAGUAAGAUGAUGCAGUGUGGAAAAUGUGACCGCUGGGUCCACUCCAAAUGUGAAAACCUUUCUGAUGAAAUGUAUGAGAUACUCUCUAACUUGCCUGAGAGUGUAGCAUACACCUGCAUUAACUGUACAGAACAGCAUCCUGCAGAAUGGCGUCUUGCACUGGAAAAGGAGCUGCAGGUUUCUUUAAAACAGGUUUUAACAGCCCUAUUGAACUCUAGAACUACUAGCCACUUGCUGCGUUACAGGCAGGCAGCAAAACCACCUGAUUUAAAUCCUGAGACAGAAGAGAGUAUACCAUCCAGAAGCUCUCCUGAAGGUCCCGAUCCUCCUGUCCUAACAGAAGUCAGUAAACAGGAGGAGCAGCAACCUCUGGAUCUGGAAGGAGUAAAAAGAAAAAUGGAUCAAGGAGGUUACACUUCUGUGCUGGAUUUUAGUGAUGAUAUUGUGAAGAUAAUUCAAGCAGCCAUUAAUUCUGAUGGAGGGCAGCCAGAAGUUAAAAAAGCCAAUAGCAUGGUCAAGUCCUUCUUUGUUCGGCAAAUGGAGCGUGUUUUUCCAUGGUUCAGUGUAAAAAAGUCCAGAUUUUGGGAGCCAAAUAAAGUAACAAGCAAUGGUAUGUUGCCGAAUGCAGUGCUGCCUCCUUCACUUGACCAUAACUAUGCUCAGUGGCAGGAGCGUGAAGAGAACAACCGCACUGAACAACCCCCUCUGAUGAAGAAAAUCAUUCCAGCUCCAAAACCCAAAGGACCUGGAGAGCCAGAUUCACCAACUCCUCUACAUCCUCCUACACCACCUAUCUCUAGUUCUGACAGAAGCAGAGAAGAUAGUCCUGAGCUUAAUCCACCUCCAGAUGUAGAAGACAACAGGCAGUGUGCAUUGUGCCUGAAAUACGGUGAUGAUAGCGCUAAUGAUGCUGGACGUCUUCUGUAUAUUGGCCAAAAUGAAUGGACACACGUGAACUGUGCUUUAUGGUCAGCAGAAGUGUUUGAAGAUGAUGAUGGUUCUCUGAAAAAUGUGCACAUGGCUGUGAUCCGGGGAAAGCAGCUGAGAUGUGAGUUCUGUCAGAAGUCGGGCGCUACAGUAGGCUGCUGCCUCACUUCCUGUACAAGUAACUAUCAUUUCAUGUGCUCACGAGCCAAGAACUGUGUUUUUCUGGAUGAUAAGAAGGUUUACUGCCAGAGGCAUCGUGAUUUGAUCAAAGGAGAGGUGGUUCCUGAGAAUGGGUUUGAAGUUCUGAGGAGAGUUUUUGUGGAUUUUGAAGGAAUCAGUUUGCGAAGAAAAUUUCUUAGUGGCUUGGAACCAGAGAACAUCCACAUGAUGAUUGGUUCGAUGACAAUAGACUGUUUAGGAAUUUUGAAUGACCUCUCAGACUGUGAAGAUAAGUUGUUUCCCAUCGGCUAUCAGUGCUCCAGAGUGUACUGGAGCACAACAGAUGCCAGGAAACGCUGUGUGUAUACCUGCAAGAUCAUGGAAUGCCGACCACCAGUCAUAGAACCUGAUAUCAACAGCACUGUUGAACAUGAUGAUAACAGAACAAUUGCCCAUAGCCCAGUUCCCCUUACAGAAACUCUAUCCAAAGACAGCAGAAAUGCACCUGAAAUUGUAAACCCACCAUCACCAGAUCGUCCCAUGCAUUCUCAGACCUCUAGUUCCUGUUACUAUCCAUUGGUCUCAAAGGGCCUUAGGAUCAGGACACCAAGUUAUCCCUCCACACAGAGGUCUCCUGGUUCUAGGCCUUUACCCUCUGCAGGGAGUCCUACACCAGUGACCCAUGAAAUAGUUACAGUAGGAGAUCCUUUACUGUCCUCUGGACUUAAGAGCAUUGGUUCUAGGAGACAUAGCACUUCUUCAUCACAGCAGCAAUCAAAACUCCGUAUGAUUUCACCUACACGAGCUGGAAAUACUUAUUCCAGGCACAGUGUAUCUUCAGUUUCCAACACAGGGUCCUCUUCAGAACAUGAACUGAGUGUAAAAAAUACUGACCGCUUUGUGGGAUCUGUGAAUUCAGGUACCACAGGUGUUCCAGUUCAAAGCUGCUCUACCAGUUCAAGCUCCCAGAAGACAGCAGCUACAAGUGGAAGUAAAACUUACCAGCCAGAUGCAUCUCAGUCUUCAGAUGGAAAACAUUCUAGUAGUUCAGAUUUGUUAGCCAAAAGCGCACCUUCAAAGGGAGAGAAGAUGAAAACACUGACCUCAAAGGACCCAGAUUACUCAGCUCAUAUUUUUGCCUCUGGAGGAAACUCCAAAAUGUCUACUCAACCAAACAGUUCAUCAAGCACAGAAAUAAAUGUUAAAAUAGGAACCUUUCAAGAAUCUUCAGGAUCAUUUUCCUCCAAAGAAACAAUAUCCUUUCAGUCUUUGCAUCAGAGAGGCCCAAGAAAAGACAGAGAUCAGACCUUGGAACCUGUACAGCCAGAUAAAACUGCUUUGGUUGAUGAGAUGGAUGUAAAGACAUUGAAGUCUGCAGGGGUAAAUAGUAAAUCUCUUGCAGCAAGUGAGCAGGCAGUUUCUGCCUCUAGAGACAGGCGUCAGAAAGGGAAAAAGUUAGUGAAAGAGAGUUUUAAAGAGAAGCAUUCCCUGAAAUCUCUUGCAGAUUCAAGUCAAGCAGUAGGCAGUGAUGAAGGAAAUCUGAAAUCAGAAUUUGGUAAUCAAGGUUUGGUGACUGAACAAAUUAGUCAGAGGUUAUGUAAUAAUAAUCCUGCUGAAAAAGCUGGUGAGAAGUCUCCACCCUCACAGGGGUCCUCUAAAGGCUCUGCAGUACCGGUUGAAGUGGCUUCCAAGGAAUCACAGGCACCUAGAAAACGCACUGUUAAAGUCACUCUGACACCUCUCAAGAUGGAAAAUGAAAACCAGUCUAAAGCUGCACAGCAAGAAAGUGAUGCUGAUCAGUCUGCAGGGACAGAACUGGCCACUUCGUCAGAGCCCUCAUCUGAAAGCCCAGAAGAUAACUCUGUAGGUCAGGAAAGUCCAAAUAAAGCACCAACACAGGAAUCUCAGAAUAAUGCAUAUGAAAAUUUGCCUGUUCAAGAUAACAACUUGAUGCUUCAGGAUGGAACUAAAGCUCAAGAAGAAGGCUCAUACAAGCGGAGGUAUCCACGGAGAAGUGCACGGGCAAGAUCUAAUAUGUUCUUUGGAUUGACACCUCUGUACGGUGUGAGGUCCUAUGGAGAAGAAGAUAUCCCAUUCUAUAGUAACUCAAGUGGGAAGAAGCGAGGAAAGCGGUCUGCAGAAGGACAAGUGGAUGGUGCAGAUGACUUGAGUACAUCAGAUGAAGAUGACCUGUACUACUAUAAUUUCACUAGAACAGUGGUUUCCUCGAACACCGAGGAGAGGCUUGCAUCUCAUAACUUAUUCAGGGAGGAAGAGCAGUGUGAUCUUCCAAAAAUCUCACAGUUAGAUGGUGUAGAUGAUGGGACUGAAAGUGAUACGAGUGUCACAGCCACAACAAGAAAAGUAAAUCAAGUAACAAAAAGAAGUGGAAAAGAAAAUGGAACAGAAAACUUAAAGCUGGAUAGAACUGAAGAAACUGGGGAAAAAGUACAAGUCACAAAGAGCCCUGCUGUCCACAAAACUGAUCCAAAGAUUGAUAACUGCCAUUCUGUAAGCAGGGUUAAAACACAAGGUCAGGAUUCUCUGGAAGCUCAACUGAGUUCGUUGGAAACAGGUCGUAGAGCUCAUGCAAGCACACCUUCUGAUAAGAACUUACUGGAUACUUUUAACACAGAACUUCUGAAAUCUGAUUCUGACAAUAACAACAGUGAUGACUGUGGAAACAUCCUCCCUUCAGACAUCAUGGACUUUGUGCUGAAGAAUACACCAUCUAUGCAGGCAUUAGGAGAAAGUCCAGAGUCAUCAUCAUCUGAACUUCUAACACUUGGAGAAGGUUUAGGUCUGGAUAGCAACCGUGGCAAGGAUAUGGGUUUGUUUGAAGUAUUUUCUCAACAGCUGCCAACAGCUGAGCCAGUGGAUAGCAGUGUUUCUUCCUCCAUAUCAGCAGAGGAACAAUUUGAAUUACCACUGGAACUUCCUUCUGAUCUCUCUGUUCUGACUACUCGCAGCCCUACGGUGCCCAACCAAAAUCACAACAGACUUGCUGUAAUUUCAGAGUCUUCACUGUCUUCUUCAGGAGAAAGGUCAAUACUUGCCUUGCCGUCCACAGAAUCUGGGGAAAAAAGAGUUACAGUUACAGAAAAAUCUGCUUCCAGUGAGAGUGAUACAACUCUUUUGAGUCCAGGAGUAGACCCAAGCCCUGAAGGACACAUGACUCCUGACCACUUCAUCCAAGGUCACAUUGAUGCAGAGCAUAUAGCCAGCCCGCCGUGUGGCCCAGUAGAGCAAGGACAUGGCAGCAACCAAGAUUUAACUCGGAACAGCGGGACUCCAGGUAUCCAAGUGCCCGUGUCACCCACUGUUCCCCUGCAAAACCAGAAAUAUGUUCCCAAUUCCACAGACAGUCCCGGCCCCUCUCAGAUUUCUAAUGCUGCAGUGCAGACAACACCACCCCACCUCAAGCCAGCCACAGAAAAACUUCUAGUAGUCAAUCAAAAUAUGCAGCCGUUAUACGUCCUCCAAACACUUCCCAAUGGUGUUACUCAGAAGAUUCAGUUGACACCUUCUGUUAGUUCAGCACAGAGUGUAAUGGAGACUAAUGCCUCAGUACUGGGGCCUAUGGGAAGCGGGCUCACGCUGACCACGGGAUUAAAUCCAAGCUUGCCCUCAUCUCAGUCAUUAUUUCCUCCCACCAGCAAAGGAUUGUUGCCCAUGUCCCAUCACCAGCAUAUACAUCCCUUCUCCACAGCCUCUCAGACUGGCUUCCCACCAAAUAUUGGCAGUCCUUCACCAGGUCUUCUUAUUGGUGUGCAACCACCCCCUGAUCCUCAGCUCUUAGUAUCUGAAGCUAGUCAGAGGACAGACCUUGGUGCCACUGCUUCUACACCAACUGCUACCCUGGGCAAGAAACGGCCAAUAUCUCGUCUGCAGUCACGGAAGAAUAAGAAGCUGGCUCCCUCUGGAACCCCCUCUACUAUAGCUCCUCCUGAUAUGGUCUCCAACAUGACAUUAAUUAAUUUUGCUCCUUCCCAAAUUUCCAACCACCCACUGGAUUUGGGAACCAUUGCAAAUUCAACAUCUCAUAGAACUGUACCCAAUAUUAUCAAAAGGUCCAAGUCUGGAGUAAUGUAUUUUGAGCAAACCUCUUUGCUCCCACAAAGUGGGACUGCUACUGCAGUUGGCACAUCUCCCAGUGUUAUCGGGCCAGAUGCUGGUCACCUUCCAACAGGGCCUGUAUCAGGGCUAGCGUCAAGUUCCUCAGUGCUGAAUGUGGUAUCCAUGCAGGCCACAGCAGCCCCUACUACUGGUGGGUCAGUUCCUAGCCAUGUUUUGGGACAAAGUUCAGUAACGUUGACUAGUCCUGGAUUAUUAGGGGACCUUGGUUCAAUAAGCAACCUCUUGAUCAAAGCUAGUCAACAAAGCCUUGGUCUUCAGGAGCCGCACAUGACUUUACCUCCAGGUUCUGGGAUGUUUUCGCAACUGGGAACAUCACAAACUCCAUCUACGGCAGCAAUGACAGCUGCAUCGAGCAUAUGUGUUCUGCCUUCAGCACAGAGUAUGAGCAUGACAGUUGCUCAGUCAUCUACUGACCCAGAAGGCUCUUACCAGCUUCAAAAUAUGACACAACUCUUAGCCAGCAAAACUGGAAUUGCUUCCUCACAGCUAGAUCUUGGCGCGGCUUCAGCAACAGCUCAGUUGUCCAGCUUCCCACAGCUGGUUGACGUGCCCAAUAGUACCGGGCUCGAACAAAACAAGGUUUCCUCAUCUGUGAUGCAUGCCAGUUCAGCAUCUCCUGGAGGCUCCCCAUCAUCUGGUCAGCAAUCUGCGAGUAGCUCUAUGCUUGGUUCCACAAAAAUGAAGCCAAAAAUCAAGCGCAUUCAGCCGUCUUUAGAGAAAGGAAAUGGAAAGAAGCACAAAACUUCUCACUUGUGGACUGGUUCCUCUGAAGCACACGCUCCUGACAGAGGGGCUGUUGCUGUACCCCAAGUCUCAGCUACACGGACUCCUGUUGUGAAGGCAGAUGUGCAGGACGCAGCAAGCAUAGAUCAGCCAUCACAGAAACCAUGUGGCCAGUCUGCAGGGCAAAUGUCAGUCCUCACAGAACCUCAGUCAACACAGACUUCAGCAGAUGAGCAAGAAAAUGCAGGCUCAAAAGCUAUUGAGGAAGAAGAGAGCACUUUCAGCUCCCCACUUAUGUUUUGGCUUCAACAAGAACAAAGAAGGAAAGAAUGUCUUGGUGAGAAGAAACCGAAGAAAGGUUUGGUUUUCGAGAUAUCAAGUGACGAUGGCUUUCAAAUCUGUGCAGAAAGUAUUGAAGAUGCUUGGAAGUCACUAACUGACAAAGUUCAAGAAGCCCGUUCAAAUGCCCGCCUGAAACAGCUAUCUUUUGCAGGUGUGAAUGGUUUGAGGAUGCUGGGGAUUAUCCAUGAUACUGUUGUGUUUCUGAUUGAGCAACUUUAUGGGGCAAAGCACUGCCACAACUACAAGUUCAGAUUUCAUAAACCAGAGGAGGCCAAUGAGCCUCCUCUGAAUCCACAUGGCUCUGCUAGGGCCGAAGUCCACCUGAGGAAAUCUGCAUUUGAUAUGUUUAAUUUUUUGGCAUCUAAACACCGGCAGCCACCAGAAUACAACCCAAACGAUGAGGAAGAGGAGGAAGUACAGCUGAAAUCAGCCCGGAGGGCAACUAGUAUGGAUCUGCCAAUGCCCAUGCGAUUCCGACACUUGAAGAAGACCUCCAAGGAGGCAGUUGGUGUUUACAGGUCUCCCAUCCAUGGCCGGGGCCUGUUCUGCAAAAGGAACAUUGAUGCAGGUGAGAUGGUGAUCGAAUAUUCGGGCAAUGUCAUUCGCUCCAUCCUCACUGACAAACGAGAGAAGUACUAUGACAGUAAGGGAAUUGGUUGCUACAUGUUCCGCAUUGAUGACUCUGAAGUGGUGGAUGCCACCAUGCAUGGGAAUGCAGCCCGCUUCAUCAAUCACUCUUGUGAGCCCAACUGCUACUCCCGGGUCAUCAACAUUGAUGGCCAAAAACACAUUGUCAUCUUCGCCAUGCGCAAAAUCUACCGGGGGGAAGAACUUACAUAUGACUACAAGUUCCCCAUUGAAGACGCCAGCAACAAACUGCCCUGUAACUGCGGUGCCAAGAAGUGCAGGAAGUUUUUAAACUAGAACUUCCGUGACCUGCAAGUGAGCCCUAAAGGGCCUGGGGCAAACCAAAGCUUCUAGUGAAUCCCUACCCUGCCAUAUGCAAGGGAGAGGGAAGGACAGAGGCAGGAAUGAAGAUCAGCUGGGCUCAGGGACCUAACUGGCGGCUGUGUUUCUCUGUCAGAGUCCACAUCUUCAUGUCUCGCAUGCACACACUUACCCUUAUGAAAGACACAGGCGACUGGAGAAGAUCCUCAGUGUGAUUAUGUUUUUGCUAUUGUCGUUCCUGCCCCAACCCUCAGAAUUUGUUUGUCAGAAUGGGGCUAAUGAGUGGGAGAGGGGAGGGUAGACAGACCAGAUACAGGGGAGUCAUCAUGGAUCCCGUCCUUCUGUUGUCUCUUGGCUCAAAGUGGUGAAUGUGGAGUUCUUGUUUUCAUUCGACUGUUGUGUCAUAAGUUUUGAAAGCACAGUACGUUACUGCUCUUUUCUCCUAGGGAGAGAAACUGUCCCACCAACCAGCUACUCUGAGAACUUUGUACGUGUCUGUGAUUCCUUGUGCUAUGCAUCUCCAAAACACUAUUUGUGAGUUGGUUGGUAUACUGUGUGGCAUAGGUGGCCUGGUGCGCCGUGGGUCUGGCUUAGCUGUUUUAAUCUAGGACGGCGGAAUGGGGGAGAGCAUCAUAUAGCAGCCAAAAGUAAAUUGAGAAGUAUUUGGAUAGUGUUUCACUCUGAAAUUCCUGCCCAAGUGCAGUGGAAUUCCUGGCAUUCUUUAGCAGAGAAAGGGCUUGUGCCAGCUAGUUACAGAGCUGUAAAUCUUUGUGAGCAAAUGCUUUCUUUCAGCAGCACCCUCCCUCUGCAGUAUAGAAGGGAAGCAGUGUUUUCCCCUGUUCCUGUCGUCAGCAGCUGUCUUUCUCCUUUGACCUAGGGACUGAAAGGCUCCUCUGGCUACAGUGGUGUGUCUGCUACUAUGGGGCUGGUCCAAGGGACAAAUGUCUUCAGGGGAGAGCAGAUGGUGGAAGCAGAUUCUGCUGUUGGCCACUUGUGGCUGUAGAGCAAGAACUAGGAGGGACUUCUGAGGAUGCUUCCCUGGGAAUUGCUCUGCCCAGCCUCCUUGAACAGUGUCCUAGGGUGUGAUGUAAAGACAAACAAGUGACUUCUCUAGACACGUGCCCAUCGCGUCCCAUCUUCAGUAUGUAGUUUCGUAGUCUUCUAUGAAAGGCACAGGAAGAGGCACCAAAAUGGAGCAUAAAUUCUCUGAAAAUGCAAGGCCAAACACUAACCAGCCCCAUGUACUCCAUGCAGCACUUAAAAAUGCAUAGGAAACAAAUAAAUUAGCAAUUGGCACAGUUGAAAUUGUGGUAGCUGAAGAAUCAGGCUUAUUUUAAGUUACUUUAACCAGGACAAUAGUGUCUUCUGAUUAAUGUAAAUCCUCCUCCCUUUUGGGUCUGCUCCAUGCCUCAAGAGAAGAAAAAAAAAAAAAAAAAAAAAAAAG